AUGGCGCUCUCCUCGCUGGUAUCGGCCCGCCCUUCUCUUCUACCCAUCGCCGGCCGCAGGGUGGACCCUCUGCAACCUGACAGCGCCAAUUCGCUAAGCUGUUUUCGGAGGCAACUCACGCAGGGCCAGGUUUUCCUCAAAUUCCGGUGGAACAGGGCUUCGUAUUUGGGCUCGCCGUCGCGGCUCUGCUCGAGGGUUCCUGCCGGCGGCGGUGCCUCCGUCGGGGAGAGGGACGAUGAGGGGGAGCUCGGGGAAGUUUCAGUGGGGGAGGACUCGGCGGCGUUCGAGCUGGCCAAACAGAGUAUUCUCUCGUGGGUGUAUUUCACCGGCAUACUGGGGGCCGUCCUCUUCGCUCUCAACGUCGUGUGGAUCGAUCCCUCCACUGGUUUCGGGACCGCCUUCAUCAACGCCGUUUCAAGAACAUCCAACAGCCCCGAGGUGAGCAACCUUGCUGGCCCCAAUCAUCCAAAAAUCCCGUUUAUAGAAUAUCUAGCUGUUCCUGGGGCAGUCGACCCUGUUACUCGUUUUUUUUUCUUCUUCUUCAGAUUAUCGAACCGGAUGAAUAUCUACCGCCCCUUUGAAUAUUUUCCAUCCAGUCUAUUAAAAUUUGGGUCAUUUUUAAAGAUAAUCACAUGAAAGGAAACUCACUCGGGUUAAGUGCAUUAUCAUCAUUAUCCUAUUUCCCGUCCUUCAAUGUGCCUGUUGUGCUCGCUAUAAGUUGAUAGUUUCUGGCGGUACGCAUGAUAAAUGGCUGAAAAAUCUGUCAAAAAGAAAAUCGUCUUAUUUAUAGUAGAAUAUGUCUAUAAAUAAGCUGCUUUGAAUCAUUACCCAGUUGUAUGAUUCCUGUUGGAUUAUGAACUCCCUUUGAAUAAGUUCCUUUGAAUGGUUACCCAAAGAGUACAAUUCUGGUUGGAUUAAGAACUCCUUCGGAAUCAGCUGAAGGUGUUUAGAAAUGAGCUCCUUUGAAUCAUUACCCUAAUGGCAUAAUUAUCGUUGGAUUAAGAGCUCUUUUAGCGGUUUCAGAUAUUUUUUUUCGAAGACAGUGAAGUGGUUCUUGCCUGGGUUACAGCUGAUUGUCGAUAGUUCUGUCUCAUUAAUUUUGUUCUCUAAUGUUUUUAAUGCAUAUGAGAAAAAUACGGAUCCCUAUAUUAUAUUUCUUGGUUUUAAUCGUUGGUCUGUAUAUCCACUGCGACAGCCAACACGACUCAAAACUCAGCAUGUAGUCAAAUCAUUCCCCGGUAGUUUCUCAAUAUUAGGGCUGCUAAUUUUCUAAGUCUAGUAAUUUUUUUCUUCUAACCUCUAAAUUUUUCAAAACUCUCCUGCGAGCUAAUUUGGCGAUGCUCGAGCUGACUGGCUGCAUGCAAUCCUUCAUGUUUUUCCCUUGCUUGACCCGCUGAUCGACCUCAAUUUUUCCAUCACAGGUGGUGUUGCUGGUUCUCUUCUCGGUCUUCGCCACCGUCCACAGCGGCUUGGCGAGCCUGAGAGAUGCCGGGGAGGGGCUGAUCGGCGAGCGGGCCUACCGGGUCCUCUUUGCAGGGGUCUCACUUCCGCUGGCCUUGACAACAAUUGUGAGUAUUGUGAGCCUUUCCUUCUCAGUCUGUUCUUCCUGUCCUAGCUGCUUUCCUAUUCAGUAGUCAGGAAUCCUGGUUAAUUGGGCUUUAGAAUCAGCUCUGGUCCCCAAGGCAGAGCCCUUUCUUGGUCUCUCUCUCUCUCUCUCUCUCUCUCUCUCUCUCUGUUGCUCUGUUACGAGCUGGGAACCCAUUAUCCGGGCUUUUUCUGUGGGACCUGCGCAGUCCGUGGACAGUUCUUCUCCUUAAAUUCGUUCCCACUUUUUGUUUUUCAGGUGUACUUCAUCAACCACCGCUACGACGGCACGCAGCUGUGGCAAGUGCAGGGCGUUCAGGGGAUCCACGAGCUUGUUUGGGUGGCGUCCUUCGUCUCCUUCUUCUUCCUGUACCCCUCCACCUUCAACCUGCUGGAAGUGGCCGCUGUGGACAAGCCGAAGAUGCACCUCUGGGAGACCGGGAUCAUCAGAAUAACGAGGCACCCGCAGGUAAAUGAACGCCUUUUCUGAGAAAUCUAGUGAUUUUUUCUCCGUAUUAAUCAUGGUUUCAAUCUCCAGUAGAGGGGAGAGAGGGAGAGAAUUAGAUGAUCUUCCAAAUGGGAUCCGGGUUUCUGGGUCGGGGCUAUUUUUCUAUGGAGGAUUAAUUUUUUGAACCUUAAGCGGACAAAAAUUGAGCUGGGUCAGUGUUAAUGACUAUUUUGCUCUUUUUUCUCUCGGGUUUUCCUUCGUUGCCAGAUUUUAAUCGUUUUCUUUCGAAGUUUUCUUGGUUUGCUCGUCUCAGUGGAUGAACGACUCUGCAUCUUCUGAGCUUACGGAUUCUUGGUUUUCUUUUGAAGAUGAUGCCAAGUUUGGUUUCUUGUGCAUCUGGUCUGCAGAUCUCGAUCUCUUCCAUGCCGCUACCCCCCCCUUUUUUUUUCCCUUUCAGAUGGUCGGGCAGGUGAUAUGGUGCCUGGCGCACACGUUGUGGAUCGGGAACACGGUGGCGGUGGCGGCCUCCGCUGGCCUGAUCGCCCACCACUUGUUCGGCGUCUGGAACGGGGACCGCCGGCUGGCGGUGCGGCACGGCGAGGCCUUCGAGCUGCUGAAGAAGCGGACGAGCGUGCUCCCCUUCGCCGCCAUCCUCGACGGCCGUCAGAAGCUGCCGAAGGACUACUACAAGGAGUUCCUCCGUCUGCCCUACCUGGUCAUCAGCUUCUUCACCGUCGGUGCCUACAUCGCCCAUCCCUUGAUGCAGGCGUCGAGCUAUCGGCUCCACUGGUAG